CAAAAAAAAAGAAACUGGGAUAAUAAGUGCUUUUCCAGUUUCCUGCAAUAAUUUUCCGUAAAAUACGGCUAUUUUUUCAGAUUUCUGUGUUAAAGAGAAAUAGUUAUCAACACUUUUAUAUUUUCUAACAUCAACAACAAAAUAAGAAUGGCUGAAGACUUCGAUGUUGAGGCAAUGUUGGAAGCACCAUACAUUAAAUCGGAUAACACAUCUUCGAAACAUCGGUCGGACAAGUAUUCUGACAGGCACAGAGACAGAGAAAAAGACAACAGUAGAAGAAGAAGCAGAUCAAGAGAAAAAAGAAGAUCACGAGAGAGGGAUCUGCGUCGAUCUAGAGACAGGGAUGAUAAGAGGGAAAGAGAUAGGGACAAGGAUAGAGAACGUCGCGACAGAGAUAAAGACCGUAACAGAGACAAAGACCGAGAAAAGGAUAGAACAAGAGACAAGGAUCGUGAAAAAUAUAGAGAUAGAGAGAAAAGGCGCAGCCGCGAACGCGAACGUAGUAAGGAAAGAGUUCGUAGUCGUGAUAAAGAACCAUAUAAGAAGGAAAAAACUCCCGAAAAGGAGCCGAGGGCGGAGUAUCGGUCUAAAUCCAGAGGAAUUGAGCCCAAACUUGAUGAUUUGCCACCAGAGGAACGGGAUUUGCGUACAGUGUUCUGUAUGCAAUUGUCUCAACGUAUUAGGGCUAAAGACUUGGAGGAGUUUUUCUCUUCUGUUGGCAAAGUUAGAGACGUAAGACUUAUCACUUGCAAUAAGACUAGAAGAUUUAAAGGAAUAGCGUAUAUUGAAUUUAAAGAUGCAGAAUCUGUACCACUGGCUUUGGGAUUGACUGGACAGAAACUCCUCGGAGUUCCAAUCAUUGUUCAGCACACUCAGGCAGAAAAGAACAGAGUAGGAAACACUUUACCCAACUUGGCACCAAAAACUAGCAACGGACCAACUAGACUGUAUGUUGGAUCUCUACACUUUAACAUCACUGAAGAUAUGCUGAAAGGAAUAUUUGAACCUUUCGGUAAAAUAGACCACAUCCAAUUAAUGACAGACCCUGAUACGGGAAAAAGCAAAGGAUAUGGUUUUCUAACAUUCCACCACGCUGCUGAUGCAAAGAAAGCAAUGGAACAGUUAAAUGGCUUUGAACUAGCAGGCAGGCCUAUGAAAGUUGGAAAUGUGACAGAACGGGCAGAUGGAGGCACCAGCACCAGAUUUGAUGCUGAUGAGUUGGAUAGAGCUGGAGUUGAUCUCGGAGCUACUGGCAGAUUACAGUUGAUGUUCAAACUGGCUGAAGGAACAGGAUUACAGAUCCCACCUGCAGCAGCAUCAGUGCUAAUGGGGGCCGGAUCUACCUUAGUAGCACCCCAACCCCAAGUGGCUCCCCCCAUUGCAACACAGUGUUUCAUGCUCAAUAAUAUGUUUGAUCCAGCCACCGAAUCAAACCCCAGCUGGGAUAUUGAAAUCAGAGACGAUGUGAUCAGUGAAUGCAACAAACAUGGUGGUGUGCUACACGUCUAUGUAGACAAAGCGUCACCUCAAGGCAAUGUGUAUUGCAAAUGUCCGACCAUCGCAACCGCAGUUGCUUCGGUUAACUCUUUACAUGGUAGAUGGUUUGCCGGGCGAGUGAUCACUGCAGCCUACGUUCCCCUGGUCAACUACCACUCGCUGUUCCCCGAUGCUAUGACUGCUUUAACACUAUUGUUACCUACGCGACAACGAUAAGAUAGCUAGUGAGCUAUUGUGAUUCAGGAAUUUAUGGAUUGUGUUACUAUACUAUUAGGACAACUAGUGGUUUAUGUACAAUAAUAAACGGUAAUAUUAUAACAUUUGUA